CGGACGUGACACGGUUUUGCGUGAAAAAAAAGAAGAAACCAAAAGAGUAAACGUAACAAUAUAAAUACAAGACCAGAAAACCUUUUAAAAAGGUUUAUUUUAACCUGUUUUUACUGAUUUCUACUAAUUAUAUACGAUAACAAACAGGUAUAGCGGAAUAGAAGGAAGAUUAUGCAAUUUAAAGAACUAAUCACGCAAUUACAUGAACUGUUCGCCGGCGAUGAAGUAAAUAUUGAUCUGGUGAAACAUGUAAUGGAAUCGUAUAACAGUAACCCGGAGGAUUGGAAAAAAUAUGCACAUUUCAGUCCACACAGGUACACUCGUAACUUAGUUGACAGAGGAAAUGGCAAGUUCAACCUGAUUUUAUUGUGUUGGGGCGAAGGACAAGGGAGCGGUGUUCAUGACCACUCAAAUUCGCAUUGUUUUAUGAAAAUAAUGGAUGGACAACUGAAAGAGACCUUGUAUGCUUGGCCUCGUGAUCCUAAUGUAGAAGAACCACUUGCUGUCACCAAUACAAAUGUUUAUAAAAACAACGAAGUUACAUACAUUUGUGAUCAAAUAGGUCUUCACAGAAUUGAGAAUGAAAGCCAUUCAAAUGGAGCUGCUUCACUCCAUUUGUAUUCGCCACCAUUUGACAUGGCGCAAUCCUUUGAUCAACGGACGGGGAAGGCUUUCCAAUGUCCAGUCACAUUCUACAGUGAGAAGGGUGAAAUUACCAAAUGAGCAAUGGCAUUGUUAACAAAUAAAGAAGAUUGUGCAUAUUGGCAUACUGGAUUGCUGGCAAGUUUAACAGUUGGGACUUUCAUGCUGUGAAACUUACAAUGCAUUUAUAUAUUUUAUCAUAUAACUUAUUGCACAUUUUGUAUUUAAACAUAUCUAUAUUCUUUUAAAGUCGACUAAAUAUUAUUAUAAAAAAUACUCACAAUUCCUGCGUUUCAUGCAACAUUAUAGUUUCCAGAUCAGUUCUAGACUUCUAGUCAACUUGAAAUGGACACUUAUUGAGUCAGUUCUUUACUCUAUUGGUUUCGUAGUACAUUUCGUACUGCGCUGCAUAAACGUCGAAACAUAUAAUUCGGUCUGGGAGCAGGCUUAUAUGAAUGAUCAAAAAUUCAAAAUGCUUUAUGAAACCAAGCAAUUUUUAGAGUAUAACAUUGGGCAAUUUUAAAUAUUUACUAAAUAUAACAUGAACGUAACACAAAUAAAAUGAAUAAUA